GCCCCUUUUGUGCUGUUCUGCCAGCGCAGCAGCCCUCGCGCUAUAUAGCCCCGCGCGCCCAGCCGGCCCCAGCUCCAGCCUCAGCCAUGGGGAAGAUCACCCUCUACGAGGACCGCGGCUUCCAGGGCCGCCUGUACGAGUGCAGCAGCGACCACUCCAACCUGCAGCCCCACGUCAGCCGCUGCAACUCAGUGCGCGUGGACAGCGGCUGCUGGAUGCUCUAUGAGCGGCCCAGCUACCAGGGCCACCAGUACUUCGUGCGGCGCGGCGACUACCCCGACUACCAGCAGUGGAUGGGCCUCAGUGACUCGGUCCGCUCCUGCCGCCUCAUCCCGCACGAUGGCUCUCACAGGAUCAGACUGUACGAGAGGGAAGAUUACAGAGGCCAGAUGACAGAGCUCACUGAGGACUGCUCCUCUCUUCAGGACCGCUUCCACUUCAAUGAGAUUUACUCCCUCCAUGUGCUGGAGGGCUCCUGGGUCCUCUACGAACUGCCCAACUACCGGGGGCGGCAGUACCUACUGAGGCCAGCGGACUACAGGCGGUACCACGACUGGGGGGCUGUGGAUGCCCGAGUGGGCUCGUUGAGGAGAGUCAUGGAUUUCUAUUGAAAUAAGAUCUUCAUCAUUUCUCAAGCUGGAAACUAAUAAAAUAUUUUGUUUGUUCCUGG